AUGUCUUUCCUUGUAGCAGAAACAGAAAAACCUAAACCUUCAAGAGAUUCCUAAAACCCUUCCGACAAAAACGAAGAUGAUGGGAGAAAUGUGGGCUCAAAUGGGCUCGGUGAUUGCGAGUGUCAUGUUCGUUAAUGCCAUAUUUCAACAAUACCUUCCGCACCAUCUUCGGUACCAUGUAGAAAGAUACACUCAAAAACUAGUGAGCUUUGUCUACCCUUACAUCCAAAUCUCCUUUGAUGAAUUCACCAAUGAUUUUCGCAAGCGAAGUGAAAUCUAUUCCGCCAUCCAGAGCUACCUCAGCGCGAAAUCUUCCACCGGGGCUAAGCGGUUAAAAGCUCAUGAUGUCAAGGAUAGCAAGUCUCUGGUCCUUGGCAUGGAUGACAAUGAAGAAGUGACUGAUGAAUUUCAAGGCGUUAAGCUUUCAUGGGUUUUGAGGAAACAAACGGUGAAUCAGACUUCAUUUUCUUUCUAUCCUCCGGCUGAUGAGAAGAAACAUUAUAGGCUGACGUUCCACAGACGCCACAGAGAUAUCAUCACGGGGUCUUACCUUGAUCAUGUGAUUAAAGAAGGGAAAGCGACAUUGGUGAGCAACAGGCAACGAAAGCUCUAUAUCAACAAUCCUACAUAGAAUUGGUACUCCUAUAGGGGGACAAAAUGGAGCCAUGUAGUGUUUGAGCACCCGGCAUCAUUUAAAACCCUAGCAAUGGACCCGAAAAAGAAGGAGGAAAUCGUCAAUGACCUCAUCAAGUUCAGAAACGGAAAGGAGUACUACACGAAAAUCGGGAAGCCUUGGAAGCGGGGUUAUCUACUUUACGGGCCACCAGGCACUGGAAAGUCUACUAUGAUUGCUGCCAUGUCUAAUUUCAUGGAUUAUGAUGUCUAUGAUCUUGAGUUAACGAUGGUGAAGGACAACACUGAGCUGAGGAAGCUACUGAUUGACACGCCGAGUAAGUCUAUAAUUGUGAUUGAGGACAUUGAUUGCUCGCUUGAUCUUACAGGACAGCGAAAGAAGAAGAAGGAGAAGGAUGAGGAGGACAAGGAAGAAAAUAAGGAUCCAGUUCGAAAAAUGAGGGAAGAUCAAGAAAACACACAGAGCAAGGUGACUCUUUCGGGGCUGCUAAACUUUAUCGAUGGGAUUUGGUCAGCUUGUGGAGGGGAGAGAUUGAUUGUGUUUACGACUAAUUAUGUGGAGAAACUUGAUCCUGCGCUCAUUAGAAGAGGAAGGAUGGACAAACACAUCGAGUUGUCCUACUGCUGCUUUGAAGCAUUCAAAGUGCUUGCUAGAAAUUAUUUGGAUUUGGAUUCACACGAGUUGUUUGAAACGAUUGCUCGUUUGUUGGGCGAAACCAAUAUGACUCCUGCUGAUGUCGCUGAGAACUUGAUGCCUAAGUCUGUUAUACAGGAUGUUGAAUCUUGUUUGAAGAACUUGAUCGAAGCUCUUGAGGCUGCGAAGGAGGAGGCAAGAGUGAAGGCUGAGGAAGAAGCAAAAUCAAAGGCAGAGGAAGAGGCAAAACUGAAGGUAGAGAAAGAAGAAAGAAAGACCAGUCUACCAAAAGUUGAAGAGAAAUGCAAUGGAAAACAAGUUGAAACGGGCGAAGAAAACAGAGUUAGCGCUUAAAGAUGAACGAAAGAGAGUGAAAUCAUAUGUAUGAAUUCAACCUUUCUUAAAUUGUAUUUUGUGGAGUCUCAUCAGUGUGUGUUUUUCCUUAAUGUGUAAUAAGAAUCAUUUCAUGGGGUUGUAUAAAUUAAUGUAUGGAACGUAAGUGUUUCGAUCAUCAACGGCAUAAGUAACCUGUACCAAGUAAAAAAUGUCUAUUUCUUUGAAUAAGUUUAACUAAGUAA